CACACAACAACAGCAGAUGUCAUUUGCAUCUUCUUUAUGCCCAGCUUUCCCAAAUCCCAGCCCUGGUUUCAAAAUCUUUCUACCAGUCUGCUCCGUACCUCUCCCUCUCUCACACUCUCUCUUCCUUCCUCUCUUUCGUUCCUCCUCCGGUUGUAUCUCUCGUCUCUCUGUCUGCCUCACAUCAGACAGGAGACUACCUCUUUCAAUAUAUUUCUACAGUGCAGUUGUGGCUUUUAUUUUAUUUUUUUCCAAGAUGAUUUGGACUAAAGCCAUCACAGCUUCGUUAUUGACAAGCUUCAUAAUUUUGUCAAUUUCUAUUGGGGUGGAGAGUGCAGAGGUGGAUAUUGAUGCAAAAACAGACGCACAAACAGGGGCAGGGCAGCAAGUGUUUAUGGUCGAAUCAGACGCUUCAAACUUUUUCAAGCGGCGCAGCCGUCGGUCGACCUAUGCUGAGCGUAUAGCUGAGCAGAGAGUGCAUAUCGCCAACAGUGAGAGGCGAAGAGAGUACAACGAGGAGCAGAGGAAUGAGCACGAGAACUAUUUGGAAGAGGACAGAGAUGAACAACUGGAGCGUACUCGGGAGGUGAAUGAGCAGUUUCGGGAGUUUCACUAUGACGGGCUUUACCCACGAUCCCGCUGGUUUCACUGAGCAUACUCACAUCAACGUCCUCUCUUCAUUCUGCUAUAUCAGAACUUAAACAUAGAUCCAUGACUACAACUAUUUUAUCUUUAUAUUGUAAAUGCCCAUUGUAUAUUCCAUCAUUUUUUAUAUUUUGCAUGUCUGUCCUGUAUUAGCCAUUACAUAAAUUUA